AAAUAUGCGGUUUUUUAAUAAUCAACGAUUAAUUAGCGUAACGCAAAUUAAGGUCACGCCGAUUUGCAAAUUGGCCAGAUUGGUUAUGGCGUGUUUAUCCGGUAACGAAACAAACGAGUAAUUAUUUGGUGACUCUCCGCCAUUACUAAUUUCCAGAAACGCGAGAACAUUCGGGGAACAGCCUCUGAGGAAUAUUGGCGAAAGUCUUAAAGUUGUCAGUCUCUUAAUUUACGUCGACGGCGCAACGGAGGCAUUUCAUCACGGAAUGUGAAGACAUCUGUCCGAUGCCCGAUAAAGGAUAGGACCAUCCCUGCUGUUGCCGAGAAACAUCCCGUUUCCGUGGAACAAAAGGAAUCCAGGAUUACGCCCAAGGCACUAAAAAUUACUCUCUGAUACGCGAUGCCGACGAACGGGCCGGACGCAGAAAUUUUUAGAAGAGAUCAAUCACAGCAUCAGGUUGCUGUUAAUAGUGCAUGUGACGAAGAAAAUAACAGAAUAUUAUCAAAGCAGGAAAUAAUCAAUAAGGUCGAGUCUGAUGAAUCCUGGGUACCUCCAAAUUCCUCUCGGCGAACCAGCCCGUUAGGAUCAAGGAAAUCGCCGAAAUUAUGUAGAACGAUAUCGAGGUCCGAAGCUGUUAGGCAAGAUGUUAGGAGAUUGAAGAGCGUCACGUUGGAUAGAAUGGGAAAGAUGUUUAGGACGUCUGCUGUGGGAAAAUCAUUUUUAGGCUUGGACACUAAUGUGACACGCGUCGAUGAUUAUGACAAAAAAGCUACGAGGAAGGAAAAGACAAACUCGUUGGGGAGAAUGCUUAAGCUUGUUGACAAAGACGGUUCGCCCAAGAAACUUUUUGUUCAUCCCCGGACAGGAUCGCUGAGUCGUAUACUGCGUAGGCAUCCUCAUAAUGAGGACAAUGGAAUUAUUGGCAAACCCGCGGAGGACACCGGGCGUGGAAUUUUCUCCAGAAUGCUUAGUCAACUGAGAGGAAAGUAAAGAUUUAAAGAAAUUUGCCGAGCGAAUCUUCAUUAAUAGGCAGACACGAUUUGCCGUCGAGAUCUCGGACUUCAAUCGGAGAUGGAGUCCGAAAACUA